GUUAUUUGAAAACUGAAAACCACAAAGCAGCGCCAACACGCACCAAAGCUCAAGCAGCCAUUUCAAUCAGUUUAGAUUGAACUGUCUUCGAGUGUACACCUUUGCUUUGGAUAUUCUAUUGCAGCAUAAAGAAAACUUGUUGAUUUCUCAACUGUUGUGAAAAUUUUUUGGCAAAAAACAAAAUGAAACAAAUCAUUGCUUUAGUGCUCUUCGCGGCCUGUCUAUUGCCCAGCGGUGAUGCCAUUAAAUGCUAUCAAUGCAAAUCGCUCACGGAAGCAAAUUGUGCCAAGGACGUCAUCGAUGCCACCUUAAAUAUUCAAUCUGUCGAUUGCGAUCAGGUGGCCAAACCUAACACUAUGGAUCAGUUGUUGCCGGUUACUAAAUGCAACAAAGUUGUAACUAGCGACAAGGCUGGCAUAAUAGUGUCACGUGACUGCCACUUUGAGGUAGUAGGUCAGAAGCCUGAUGUUUGCACAGUCUCCCACAGUCGCGAAGUACAAAGUUGUCACAUUUGCAAGGGUGAUCUCUGUAAUGCUUCCUCAGCUGGUUUCGUGGCGAUCAGCUUGGCGACGCUAAUUAGCUUGAUCGCUAUGCAAUUUUUAAUGUAAAUUAUAUUUUGUUAAAUAUUGUUAGAGACAAUCAACUGUAACCUCUUGGAAGUAUAUUUGCAAAUUGUAUUAUAUUAAUUAUGUCAAAAUAUAGAAAAAUACCCAAUAUGUACAUACUUACAUACAUAAAAAUUGCC